AUGGAUUAUAGAAACCAAACUGUGGUGAUUGAGUUUUUAUUCGUGGGCUUAACAAAUUGCUUCCAGCACAAGGUUGUUCUGUUUGUGAUAUUUCUCUUGGUUUAUCUUGUCGCUCUUCUGGGAAAUGUGGGGAUGAUCACCCUCAUUUGGAUGGAUUUCCGACUCCACACCCCCAUGUACUUUCUUCUCAGCCACUUGUCCUUUGUGGAUGUCUGCUCCUCUUCUGUCAUUGGUCCCAAGAUGCUGACAGACAUCUUUGUGGAGAAAAAAGUAAUCUCUUUCUUGGGUUGUGCUGCCCAGUUAUGGUUUUUUGGUCAGUUUGUAGUGACAGAGUGUUUCCUGCUGGCCUCCAUGGCAUAUGACAGGUAUAUGGCCAUCUGUAAGCCCUUGUUGUAUACACUCAUUAUGUCCCAGCUGGUCUGUGUGCAGCUGGUUGUAGGGCCUUAUGUUAUGGGUCUUAUAAGCGCCAUAACCCAUACGACUUUUGCCUUUCACCUGCCUUACUGUGGUCCAAAUACCAUCAAUCACUUCUUCUGUGACCUCCUACCUGUCCUCUCCCUGGCAUGUGCAGACACCCAGGUCAAUCAGUUUUUACUCUUCAUCUUGGCCGGAGCUCUAGGAGUGCUCAGCGGUGUGAUCAUCCUGGUUUCCUACAUUUACAUUGUGGUCACUAUCCUGAGGAUCCGCUCUGCUGAGGGGAGACGCAAAGCCUUCUCCACCUGCUCUUCACACCUGACUGCUGUCUCCAUCCUGUAUGGGACACUCUUCUUUAUCUAUGUACGCCCCAGUUCUAGUUUCUCCCUGGACAUCAAUAAAGUGGUUUCUGUGUUCUACACAGCAGUGAUCCCCAUGUUGAACCCCCUUAUCUACAGCCUGAGAAACAAAGAGGUCAAGGACUCAUUCAGGAGGACAUUUGAGAAGAAGAAGCUUCUUCUGAGUUGGUAA